UUUGAGAAAUUAGCUCACGCCUUGGAUUUAAUAUAAGCCUCCUGAGUUGGGUUCUGUGUCAACCACAGAGAGAGAGAGAGAGUUCUUGAGGAGCCACAAAGGAGAAAACCCUGAGCUAUUUCUUCUUCCUUUUGUCCCCUUUUUUGGCCCCUUCUUCUUCAAUCUGAUCUUUAAGCAGUGGAUCAUCAGUCUUAGGUUCUGUUUUCUCAAUCCCAUCUGCAGAUUUCCUCAACUUUCUUCAUUUCCAGCCUUGGAUUGGAUUUUACUCUGCACCUUCAUCGUUGAUGGUGUACGCUGUGUUCUCAGUGAUCUUUUAUGUGGAAUAUAGUUUAUGAAGCUAUAUUGAAGAUACUUAAAACAGGGUUUGUGGCACGUUGAGUGAUGUCGUUCCGCAGUAUAGUACGUGAUGUUAGGGAGGGGUUUGGAAGUUUGUCCCGGCGUAGUUUUGAGGUGAGACUGCCCGGACACCACCGCGGUAAAUCUCAUGGAUCAGUCCAUGAUCUACACGACCAACCUCUGGUAAUUCAGAACAGCCGUUGGGCUAGCCUCCCACCCGAGCUAUUGCAGGAUGUAGUCACAAGAUUGGAGGAGAGUGAGAGUGUGUGGCCUGCUCGCAAGAAUGUUGUUGCUUGUGCGGCUGUUUGUAGGUCAUGGAGAGAAAUGUGUAAAGAGAUAGUAAAAUGUCCCGAGUUCUCCGGGAAAAUUACCUUCCCUGUCUCCUUAAAGCAGCCAGGGACUCGGGACGGAACCAUUCAGUGCUUCAUUAAGAGGGACAAAUCAAAUUUAACUUACCACCUUUACCUUUGCCUAAGUCCCGCCUUACUUGUUGAGAAUGGAAAGUUUCUUCUUUCUGCAAAAAGAACAAGGAGAACGACUUGCACCGAGUAUGUCAUCUCCAUGGAUGCGGAUAAUAUAUCGAGAUCGAGCAGCACCUACAUUGGAAAACUAAGGUCAAAUUUUCUAGGGACCAAGUUCAUUAUCUAUGAUACACAGCCUCCAUACAACAAUGCCCACAUUUCCCCACCUGGUCGAAGCCGUAGAUUCUACUCGAAAAAAGUUUCUCCAAAGGUCCCAACCGGUAGCUAUGACAUUGCUCAAGUCACCUAUGAGCUGAACGUUCUAGGGACGAGAGGCCCCCGGAAGAUGCACUGCACGAUGCAUUCCAUCCCCGCCUCAUCCCUUGAACCCGGUGGCACAGUUCCAGGCCAGCCUGAGGUCAUCCCUCGACUCCUUGAGGAUUCAUUCCGAAGUAUAUCGUUCUCGAAGUCAGUCUUCAAUUCUACUGAGUUCAGUAGCUCCCGCUUCUCUGACAUUGUUGGCUCACGGGAUGAAGAAGAGGUGGAGAAAGAGAGACCACUGAUUCUUCGGAACAAGCCACCGCGGUGGCACGAACAAUUGCAAUGUUGGUGCCUCAACUUCCGAGGGCGAGUCACCGUUGCCUCAGUCAAAAACUUUCAGCUGAUCGCCGCAACAGAGCCUUCUUCUUCCACGGCUACGAACCAAUCACACCCACCCCAACACGCGCAAUCGUCCCAAUCCGACCACGACAAGAUCAUUCUUCAAUUUGGGAAGGUUGGGAAGGACAUGUUUACGAUGGAUUAUCGAUACCCGCUGUCUGCGUUCCAGGCUUUCGCUAUAUGUCUCAGCAGCUUUGACACCAAAUUGGCUUGUGAAUAAAUGAAACUAGAAGAUGACUCAUUGCCAAAACAACAAGGGGGGAUUAGCCUAUGAUGGUUUCUUUCUUCUUUCAAAUAGAAUGUGUUUGACUGUAUGCAGUGCCUGUAAAAAAUCAUCCUUCCAAAAAAUUUGUAGAACAGUUUGUGUGCACCCUGAAAGGGCUAAACUUUCUCCCCGGCUCGUGCUCCCGAGUAAUUACUUUCGUUUAGUUCCCCGUUCAGUAAUCAGCUAGAACAUUAAUUGCAUUGUUAGAAAUGCGAAUAUAGUCUCUUGUCGAUUUGAAGUAA